AUGUCCUCAGACAGCGUUAUCUACAUUACCACAGAAAAUUUGGAGAUGCCUAUAGAUGUUGUAGAACUGCACCAGAUUAAUGUGGAAACGGUUCCUUUGGAGACUAUGGCCGUGCAAACCAUUGAAGUGUACGAGGAUAUUAGCGGUGAUUGGGUCCACGGUGGCCACAACCACCCACCGCUAAUUGCACUUCAGCCUCUGGUCACUCCCACUACCAGCCACGGAGACCACGAUCAGGAAAUGAUCAUGGUGCAGACACAAGAGGAGGUGGUGGGUUACUGUGAUGCAGACAACCUGCCAGCCAACAAUGAGCUCGAGGGCGAAGUGGUUGACCCAGUCGGCAGUGAAGAUGUCAGUUUCCAGCAGACCCUAGCAUCUCUUUCUGGCUCCACCAAGUCCUCAGCCUGUGGUCACAGUGAUGGGAAGCACACCAGCCGGAGUGGCAAGCACAGCAGCAAGAAUGCCAGCAGUGAGGCCAAGGUAGGAAAGGGCAGCUCUGAACUGGGCAGUAAGAAGUGGGAACAGAAGCAGGUGCAGAUUAAAACCCUGGAGGGAGAGUUCUCUGUCACUAUGUGGUCCUCAGUUGACAAAGGAAACCAGGGGACAGAGGUUCAAGGACAGACUGAAAACUCACCUCCUGAUUAUUCUGAGUACAUGACAGGGAAGAAACUUCCUCCCGAAGGAAUACCAGGUAUUGACCUCUCUGAUCCCAAGCAGGUGGCAGAAUUUACCAGAAUGAAGCCAAAAAAACCCAAAGAAGAUGGCCCAAGAAACAUCGCUUGCCCUCAUAAAGGCUGCGUGAAGAUGUUCAGGGAUAAUUCUGCUAUGAGAAAACAUCUGCACACCCACGGUCCCCGAGUCCACGUAUGUGCAGAAUGCGGCAAAGCUUUCGUUGAGAGCUCCAAAUUAAAGCGACAUCAGUUGGUUCACACUGGAGAGAAGCCCUUUCAGUGCACCUUUGAAGGCUGCGGAAAGCGGUUUUCUCUGGAUUUCAACUUGCGCACCCAUGUACGAAUCCACACCGGAGACAGGCCCUACGUGUGCCCUUUUGAUGGCUGUAAUAAGAAGUUCGCUCAAUCAACUAACCUGAAGUCGCAUAUCUUAACGCAUGCCAAGAACAAGUCAAGCCAGUGA